AUGUCUAAUAUGCCCUCUGAAUUAGAAGAGCUCGUAGAUUUUAUAUCUCAUGGAAAUACAAAGAUUCGACAGCUUGCCGUUGAAAAUCUUGUCCCGUUUUCAUUAUCACAGCCUGCAGUUUUCAAGACCAAGCAACUUCUUCCUGUGAAGGAUCUUAUGCUACUAGUUCGCGACUAUAAGCCAAUUGCCCACAAUGCGCUAACAAUCCUUAUCAAUCUUUCUUCAGAUAGUGAGGUCCUAGAAACUUUAUCUUCAAACUCUGAGUUCUUGAAAUCAAUACUCAGUCGCAUAUCCAAACCUACCGAGCCAAAUGUGGACGAAAUAUCUAUUCUUUUAGCCAAUUUAGGGAAAGUUGAUAAUAUUAAAACAAUACUCUCCAUGGAGCUAGUUGCCCCAUCUGAUCUCAAGUCAGACGGAAAGGUCAUUAACCAACUUUUGGACGUUUUUGUCAAAGGCGCAGAUGGCACAUACAAUACUGAUGCGAAUUACGACUACCUGUCGUAUCUCUUUUCAGAUCUUGCCAAGCAUCCAGAGGGCCGGGACCACCUUCUUGCCCGGCAGAAAUAUGAUGGGGUAAUUCCACUUUGCAAGCUCGCUGUUUUCACAUCUCACCAUUCGCACGUUCGGCGGCAGGGUGUAGCAUCAACAAUCAAAAACGUAUGCUUUGAGACUUCUCAACACGCUCGCAUGAUACUUAAUGAUGAUGAUGGAAUUGGAAUUCUCCCUUAUUUGCUCCUACCUCUCAUGGGUGGCGAAGAAUAUGACGUGGAUGAAAUUGAGGGUAUGCUCGAGGAAUGUCAACUCUUACCUUCAGACAAGAAGCGGGAAGUUGAUUUACAAAUCAUCGCCACACACAUUGAGAGCUUGAUACUCCUGACCCUAUCGCGAGAGUGUAGAAAUUACCUACGUGAGAUUAGUGUUUACCCUAUCAUAAGAGAGCUACAUCUAGCAGUCGCAGAUGACACUGUCAGAGAUAAUUGCGAGCGUUUAGUUCAACUGCUUAUGCGGGACGAAGAAAAUCAAAGUAAUAACAGUCCAAUUCAGGCUCUAUCAAGGAAGCCAGUAAUUUCAGAAAAGAAAAAUAUCUCGUCAACUUCGAAAUCUUCUCCCAUUUCCAAUAGUUGGGUACAGCAGGUGGAGCAAGAUGAUGACGAUGAGAUUGUGGAGGUCUAG